AUGGGUGCCUCUGAAGAUCGCGAUAUUUGUUGCGGUGUCACUCAUCGUAUCCGCAUGGUGGAUUUUGCCACACCGGGCAUGGAUAGUGAGUAUCUCAAGAGCAAGCAAUAUCACGCACCGUUUAGAUCGGCAGUUAACAAAGAACCUUUCCAGCCCUUGGCAGCUGAGCCUGCACAAUAUGGAGUUUCAGAUCCGGUACUUUCAGCGCCAAUUGAUAUAAUUGCGGAAGACACACCGUUGUCAGACGACGAUCAAGAGCCAAUAUUUUCAAGCCCAGUCGAUGUAGACUUAGAAAACACAUCACUUCCAGAAGACGACAUUGAGCCCGAAAUCUCAGCAUCAGUCAAUACGACCGGAGGGGAUAGACCGCUUAUUGUGUACGCCUAUUCUGAGUCUGACAAUGCCCGAGCAAACCUGAGGUUCUUCAUUACAAAGGGGCUUCACAAUGCGGCCGACUUCGUGUUCAUAUUCAACGGAGAUUCAGGGGCGGCGAGAAUGGUUCCUCGCAAGCCUAACGUCACGGUUGUGAAGCGGGACAACACAUGCUUCGACUUGGGUGCCAUUGGAGAAGUCCUUCGAAAGAAUAAUCUGUGGAAGAGGUACAAGCGCUUUAUCACGAUGAAUGCAAGCAUUAGGGGCCCUUUCUUGCCCUGGUGGAGCAAAUCAUGCUGGACAGACUUAUAUCUUAGCAAAAUCACAGAGACAACGAAGCUGGUUGGUAUGACGGUGAAUUGUCAACCCAGAAUGCAUGUCCAGUCCAUGAUCCUCGCAACAGAUGAUGUGGGCAUGGGUAUUCUACUCGACCCUGCCUUCGCGCUUUCUGCAUCACAAGAUGAUGAGUUCGGUUCAAAAGACAACCCGGUUGGGCUUAGCGGGUGUUAUGGAGACUGGAACGCCGCUGUACAUGCUGAAAUCGGGACGACAGGUCUUAUUAUGAAAUCUGGCUACAAAGUCGAUGCAAUGAUGACAGCUGCACAUACAGUCAUUGGUGGAGUCGAGGCGUACUGUGAAGCUACACAAGCUGGAGAUGUUCUAUUUGACAAGGAGUACUUUGGAAUGAAUGUCCAUCCCUACGAGACAGUUUUCAUCAAGGCGAACCGAGAUGUCGACCCAUGGGUGUUGGAUUCUAUGACGGAAUGGCAUUUGAAAAUGAAUACCCGCAGUUCCGAUGGUUGCGGGAUAUGA